AUGAUGUUUGCCGAGAUUUUAUUUGGAGCUUUCAUCUUCGGUUUCGCAUCGGCCGAUUGCAAUGCCAACCAGCAGGCAGCCAUCCUCCAAUGCUAUGCCCCAUACCUUCAAUAUUAUGGAGUCAACUCUCAGCCCGGAAUGUUACCAGACUUGCAGACAUUGGCGAAUGCAAUGCAACAGAAAUUUGAUCAAUUGGGACAACAGGCAGCCAAGGAUCUUUGCGAUCACGCUACUCCAUUGAGUCAAUGUCUGGCCAAAGUGAUGAGCCCAAUCGAUUUGGAUUGUUUCAUGCAAUUAACCGGUAACAAGACUGACGAUUCGUAUGGAUACAUGGAGGACAUCGCUGUGCACAACUAUGAGUGCGGUGCUGGGUAUAAAGUUUUCGUCCAAGAGUUCUACUGUAUGGAAGGCGUUCAGAAGAACCAGGCAACUUUGCUCCAGCAAUGCCAAGACGAUUUGAACAAAAAUUUGCAAAACGGAAUGCCUGUCUGCCAAGCCUAUGACACGUACAUCUCUUGCGAAUCCGUUGUUCUGGCUCGAUACUGUGACUACAAUGCCGGGGUUUUCUACUGUAAUGUGCUUCGGGUGGCCUUGGACUCCGUGUACAACGUUUGUGACAAUCAACAUCAACUCACGCCUUGUCCAGAUUAUCAU